ACAGAACAGAACCUGAGCCAGUGCUGUGUUGACGUCUGAGGGGCUUUCUGGGAUCAUGACUGCCAGACUCUCUGGACCCCUGCUCCUUGUGGUACUUCUCUAUGGACUGGAUGCAUCCAGUACCAGACCAGCUGUAAACCAGGAGCUGUCCAACCUUUUCAAUGAGCUCUGGAGGUUGGAUGGGAAUCGGAUGAAGCCUGGGACAGACUACACAAUCUCUGUCCAAGGCAGGGCAGGAUUUGUGAGCCCGGGCAGCCUUGUGGUGCUGGAUCGCGCCUCGCUGCCUCUGUUCUCCAACGUUGAUGAGAACAAACUGAGGAACUCCACCACCUUCUCUCGCUUCAUGAAGCUCCUGGACAACUACGAGCGGUCCACAGGCGUCACAGAGCGGAUCACCACAGAGGAGCUGACAGAAAUCAGUCUUUUCCUGGAUGCUGUUCUGCAGACCCAAGUCAUGAAGCGAGCUCAUCAGUACCUGGUGAGCAAAGGAAAGUCCAGCUCUGACCCGAGGCUGUUCAAGAACCAGCUCAACUUGAUCUGGUUCCACCUUUACCAUCGGCAGAGGAACACCGGUCUGGACUCCUGUGGGUUCGAACACGUCUUUGUUGGUGAAACAAAAUCUGGAGCAGAAAUAAUAGGUUUUCACAACUGGGUCCAGUUCUACCUGCAAGAAAAGAGCAGCCACCUGGACUACAAGGGGUACAAGGCCAGAGAUCACGACUUGCCCGAUCAGGACGACCACGUUCUGAACCUGCAGUUCAGCUGGCACGGUAUGGUGAAGCCCGUCGGCAGCGCCUUCAUCGGGACCAGCCCGGAGUUUGAGAUGGCCUUGUUCACCGUCCUCUUCCUCAUGAACACAGAGAGGAGCACCACGGUGCUGGUGAACAUCGACCAGUGUCAGAUGGAGCUGGUGGUCAUCAGGCAGGGGCGCUCGCUCGGGACGGCGUACCCCAAACUGCUCAGCAGCAACAGCAGACACAUCAGGCAGCACCCGCACUGACUGACCACAUCCAAUACACUGACCCGCACCCAAAUAUGUAACAAAUACUUUUAAUAUUUUUUAUCAGCAUACAGUACUCACUUCUGGUGUUGUAUGAAAGAUGAACAAAUACAUCCCAAGAAU